AUGGGUCACUUGGUGUCGGGUCACAGACCGCCGAUCUUCGCGGGUGAAGAAGACCCGGUGGUUUUGGAAGAAUGGAUGAGAGUGUUCGUUAAGAUUUUCGCAGUUGUGGGUUGUCCUGGGGAGAGAAGGGUAGAACUGGCAACGUUCUACUUUUGUCAUGAGGCUGAUCAGUGGUGGAUUCAUGAGGGUCCGGCCUACCUUGAAGAACCUGAGUUCGAUUGGUCCGCGCUUAAGGAUAUGAUGCGCGAGAGUUUUUGGAGUUGGCGCGUUUUCGCUCGGAUGCUCGUGCCUACGGAGCUCGCUAAGGUCGAGAGAUUCGUUGCCGGCUUGCAUUAUGAGGCACAAAAAGCUUUGACUGUGAGCAAGCUGAGUUCUCUUAAGGAUGCUUAUGUGAGUGCAGCGGAUCUGUACCGUGUUCAGCAGCUUCAGCGAGGAUCUUAUGAGCUAGCAAGGAAGAGGACCGAGAGCGGAGGUUCUUCCACCUUCAAGAAGCCCCGACCGAGAUUUCAAGCUAAGAAUGUGUCAUCUUCAACCCAAGGACCUAACCGGAUGGAGCAAGGACAUCAAGCCAAGACAUCUCCUUGUCAUCGAUGUGGGAUGGUGUAUGCCGGUCAAAGUUGCAAUAGCUUCGUGUUACGAUGCUUUCGUUGCGGAGAUCGUGGUCACAAGGUCGGAUUUUCCCCAUCAAGCCAAUCAGAGGGCGUUGCCACCACCCCCAGGAGCCGGAGGAGCAGCGGGAAGUAG